GUGGUGCGGACGCGGCGGACGCAGCUGACGCCGCCAGGGCUGCAGCAGAGCCGCCGGGAUGCUCAGGGUUCCGGAGCCGCGGCCCAGAGAGGCGGGGGCGGCCAGCCAGUCCAAGCCGCUCACCUCCUUCUUCAUCCAGGACAUCCUGCGGGACGGCGCGGAGCGGCGCGGCGGCCACACCGGCAACCCGCAGCCCCCGUGCCCGCCGGACCCGCGGCGAGACCUGGAGCGGGAGCCCGAGGGAGGAAGAGGCGGCGCCGGGGCGCCCGAGGACCCGUGGAGCGCCCGGCCGCGCGCUGCGCAGGAGGCCGACAAGCCGGCAGCGAGCGAGCCAGAUGGACACUUUGAGACUUAUCUGUUGGACUAUGAAAACAGUGCGGGCUCCUUACCAAGCCUUCCCCAAACCCCAAAGCAGCCACAGAAGCGAUCUCGAGCCGCCUUCUCCCACACUCAGGUCAUUGAGUUAGAGAGGAAGUUCAGCCACCAGAAGUAUCUAUCGGCUCCUGAAAGGGCUCAUCUGGCCAAGAACCUCAAGCUUACCGAGACCCAAGUGAAAAUAUGGUUUCAGAACAGACGCUAUAAGACCAAACGAAAGCAGCUCACCUCGGACCUGGGAGGCCUGGAGAAGCCCCCGUCCCUGCCGGCUCUGAAGGAGGAAGGCUUAUCCCAGGCCUCCCUCAUCUCUGUGUGUAACAGCUACCCUUACUACCCCUACCUGUACUGCUUGGGAGGCUGGAACCCGGCUUUCUGGUAAUGCCGGCUCAUGUGACAAUAACGAAUGAUCAAAAAAGACUGCCUGCCUUCCCCAGCUUGUCUCUCUGGAUGGCAAAAGGGACCAGGCUCAGGGAGGACAGAGGAGCAAGAGGGAUGCAGACUGAGAUUGCUGGAGGUUUGCAUGGACAUCCUAGAUUCUGCACUGGUGGGCUAGUGAAGGCACUGGGACAGUGACUGAUACCCAGAUAGCUCCCCAACACAUAAAAUGGGACAUUUUUGCUCUUAAAGACCUGUGUGAAGCAGGGAGGGAUAAAGCCUGGUGCUGUCUCUAGCACUUUCUGUGACUCCGUCCGAGCGGCCCCCAUCACUUCUGAGGAUGUCGGUUCACCUCCAUCCUCUUGUGUAACUCGGCGUCAGCCUGGAGGGAUGCAGACCCCGAGGGAAAAGGAUGGCCAAGAGGAAGGCGCCCCCUCCUGAGUCCUGAAUUACACUUAAGUCCAAAAACAUCUCGCUGGCCUUGGUUUACAACGAAGGUGUCUCCCUGUCCCUGUAAGAGGGUGGGAGACAGAGGCUCUCACAGAGAAACCGGCCACGCUCAGCACAGACCGGCGUGGGAUAUGGCGAUGGGUAGGAGGAGGUGGAAAGAUAAGCGUCUUCUUAUUUUUUAAGUAACACACCAAUCUAAGUAUUCACAGGGUGGCCCAGGUUAAACAGGAAGCACUCACCGUGGUUUUAGGACCAGCUGUAUAAAAUGAACUGUGCAGCAAGGGGUGGGCCAGGGCCAGAAGAAUCUCCUCAUGGCCAAGACAGCAGCCUGAGGAGGGCUCUCGGCUCGGCUACUGGGCGGCAUUACAGUUCUAUUAAUAAAGGUUAAAUAAAAGCUUCCUCUGGA